UAAAAUAGUUUUUAUUUUUUUUUUAUUUUUUACGCGAAAACAUUGACGAACGAAUAGUUGAAGCAAAUAUUCGAAGAAACUUUAACCUAAAAGAGAAAAAGGAAUUGGAAGGUUUUUGUGACAAUUACAUGAAAUCUUGAAAAAAAAGAUUACUUCCUUAUAAAGAGUCCAAACUUCAAUUCUGUUACAAAAGUUUGGAAAAUGUUCAAGCGUGGAUUAACGGUUGCUCAUUCGCCGAUCAAGAACAACUUUGUGCUCCUGCCAGAGGUCUACUUGAGGCUCAUCAAUACAACGCCAAAUGCAGCGCUCUUGCUCAAUUUCAAGGCCAAAAAUACGGUUGUUUCAUGGCUUCCAUAUGGCGGCGCAGUUGAGCCACACGAGAUCGGAAUGAACGUGUUGACUGCCGAGGUUUUAGGUUUAAAGGCAGGAGAUACAGUAACAUGCUCCGUCGUUACAGAUGUACGCAGUUUAAGCACAUUGAAUGUCUCACCUGUAUCGAAACAAGAUCUCGAAGUACUUUUAAUGUCGCCAACGCGUAUUCAAAAUGAAGUUUUAGAACAGAUUCGUAUCGUAAAUCGCGGGCAAAUCUUCAUGACAUGGAUAAGUCGUUCAGUUUAUGUCAAGCUUCAAGUUGACAACAUGUCCCCAUCGAUGUCAUACGGGCGUUUGGAGCAAAAUUCUGAACUUCAUAUCAACACGAGUGUUUCAGGAACCGUUCCUGCUGUCGAUUCAUCCUCAUCUUAUUCCAACGGAAACGGAAGCAUAACAAAUCGUCGCCCAACCUCAAUUCCCGACAAACCAACAAAUACAACAAAUUACGGCAGACGAGCUCUCGAACGAAAAAACAGCAAUAAAGAAUCCAUUUUUGAUCGCGUCGAACGUCAUUUGGAUCCGGGCAAAGAAGAACGCGAAAUGGAUGCACGUGUCGCCAACGUAAUUGGUAAUAAGAAAAAACUCGCUCUGCCAAAGCGAAAUAGUUUCAUUCAAUCGGAUUAUGAUAGCACACCGCCAGAUUCGCCCUCGUACAUUAACGGAAAUGCAAUUGCAAGUGAAUAUACCGACAAAAUUGACGGCAUCAUUAAUGGUCUUCGCAAAUCCGUGACAAUGGCGGAUAUGAAAUUCCGAGAAUUCGAGAACGAUUUUCGAAACAGCGCCUCCAGCAGUAGUCGAGAAGCAAGUAUUGCUCCGGAGUCAUGGGCUGAUGUCUCCCAAUCGAUGAAAAAAGAACAAACACACGACACAGAAUUUCGUGUGAUUCAAGGAACGUGGGAGUCUGAUGCCCCCAUAUCGAACGUUUAUGCCACAAGAGCAAAUUUACCGCAUAAUUUCGACACAACUCAAGUUUAUUUGUUGAAAACAUCAGGCGACAAGGAAUAUUGUGUGAACGUAAAAGUAAUUAAUGACAAAGAUUUCCCGUGUAAUCGUUACCCUACCCUCGAAAUGAACGAAAAUUUGAUGUCGUUAUUAGAAUUGAAGCCCUUCGAACGUGUAAUUUUAAAACCGAAACUCAUGAUACUCAACUGUUUAGACAAAUUGGAGCUAAUUCCAUCUACACAGCUCGAUGUGAAUUCACGAGAACCAAAAAGACGAUUAGAAACAGCUUUCAAAAACUACAUAUUGGACAACACAAAAUUAUAUCCUUUGCUAUUAAAUCAGGAUCAAGUCGUCAAAUGCCAAAAUGAAGUUGUUUCAGUGAAAUUGUGGCCUUUGAGCUUAAAAUGUGCCGUUAUUGACUCCAAAUUAUUAAAAGAAAACAAAAUUGAUGUUUUAACAGAUCAUAAAAAUGUGUCAAAUAUCUUAAAUCCAAAACCAGCCAAAAAAGAAGACGAAGAAGAAACUACAUCGAAGAAGAAAAAAAAUAAUCAUCACGUUAAAAUCGAAAAAUUCGAAGAAAUAGUCGAAAAUUGUGUAAAUCGCUUCAAAGACAGUUUAUCUCUCGUAUCAAAUUCGAUCCCGAUAGCUGAUAAUUUAUUACUUGUGGGUCUCUCAAAUUCAGGAAAAACCACUCUUGUUAAUGAAAUAUGCAAAAAACUGCAGGAAAAACCUUUUUACGUGUAUGUUCAUAACUUUGCAUGUGUCAAAUAUAAGGGAAGAAAGCCAGAUUCGAUCCAAAAAGAUCUACGAAUCGCUUUAAAUCAAUGUCUUUUGCACUAUCCGGCAAUUUUAGUCAUGGAUACCUUGGAUUAUCUCACGCAAGCUGAAGAUGAACAACAAGCCCAUGAUGCGGAUUAUCAUAAUAAAGUCUCAGAUUUGAUUCGGGAUGUCAUUCAAGAGUAUACAAGUCACGGACAUAUAUCCGUAAUUGCAACUGUUAACAACGUCGAUUUGCUAAACAAACGAAUUUUCCCUAAAAAAGGCUUUCAUUUGUUUCAUAAAAUCAUUACGAUGCCCUCUCUUGAUAAAAUCGAUCGAGAACUUUUCAUUAAGGAAUCCUGUAUGAACGCCAAAAUACCUGAUCGGAAAUUAAUUAAUUGGGAUAAAUACGCAAACAUGACGGAUGGAUACAAAAUCGGCGAUUUGGCGUUCUUUAUCGAACGAAGUAUUUACUAUGCAUUUAAGAAAAAUCCGCGAGAACCAACGUUAAUGGAUGAAAAUUUGAAAGAUGCUCUAAAAGUCACGAACGAAAUAUUUUUACAAGGUAUCGAGAGUCAUAGUCAAUCUGAACUUGAAGAAGCUGAUAUUCCGGGCGAUCAAAUCCCGGGACUUGAAAAAGCUAUUGAAGUAUUUGAAGAAGUAAUUAAAUGGCCUAUUGAGUUGCCAGGUAUUUUCGAAGGAGCUCCGAUUAAAUUGCCCAAAGGAAUUUUGUUGUACGGACCUCCGGGUGUGGGAAAAACCUUUUUUGUCAAACAAAUUGCCAAAACGUGGUCUUUGCGAAUGAUUUCCGUCAAAGGUCCCGAAUUACUUGCCAAAUUUAUCGGACAAAGUGAGGAAAAUGUGAGAAAUUUAUUUGCUAAAGCUCGUGCUGCUCGUCCUUGCGUGCUGUUUUUCGAUGAAUUUGAUAGUUUGGCGCCGCGAAGAGGGCAUGAUUCAACGGGCGUGACCGAUCGUGUUGUCAAUCAGUUUUUGACGCAACUUGAUGGGGUCGAAGAGCUUAAGGGAGUCAUUGUUGUUGCUGCAACUUCGAGACCGGAGCUUCUGGAUCCCGCAAUUAUUCGACCGGGACGUAUUGAUCGACAUAUCGAGAUAACGCUGCCAAAUAAGCAGUCUAGGAUGAAGAUCUUGAAGGCAUUGAGUGCGACAUUGCAUCUCGGAAAAGAUGUCGAAUGGAAAGAUUUUGCGGAGAAAAUGGAAAGAUUUACGGGUGCGGAUAUUAUGAGUUUCUUGACGACGGCGAAUAUGGAUGCUGUGCAAGAGUAUUUGGAAAAACAUGGAGGCAAUACGGCACAGACUCAAGAAUAUGUGGUUAUUACGAAGAAACAUCUGCAGAAGGCACUGACAAAGACGAAUCCUUCUAUUAAACCGGCGGAUUUGGAGCGAUAUAAACAUGUAUAUGCCCAAUUCAUAAACAAAAGUGAACCUACUCCGCUAAACUUUGUUGGUCAAAAGGCUACAUUAGCUUAAUUUUCGAGAAAAAUAGAGCAAAAAAAAAAAGAACGGGUUGUUUUUUUGAAUUUUUAGAUAAAUAAUGACAAAAAAUCUUUAAAAAAUGUUAUUUAUUUUUAUAAAAACUGUUGAAUA